AUGGGAACAUUGCUUCAUCCGAUUCGUAAAACAUUAAAGAACAAGCUUUUACCAGAAAUACAAUGCACACCCGACAAAUAUGAUUUCGAAGGACCUGUUAUGAACGAUCAAGAUUGGAAGUAUAAACUUUUCAAGCAUGAAGAAUUACAAUUUCUGCAUGAUUUGAGUCAGUGCAAUUUAAAAGACUUAACAAGUCCAUUCUCAAAAACAUCAGAUCCAUUUCAUUUCAAACUGAAAAACCGAGAAGAAUCUAUCAAACAAAUACUAUUCGUUGGUGAACGACAUUAUCAAGCCUUUCCUUUGGAAAGGAAGAGCAAAUAUCAAUUUAGUUUUUUAUUUGCAAAAGGUGGAAGUGGAAGUGGGAAAACAUGUAUCCUCACAGAGAUUCCAAACAUUCUUCGCAAUGGAGGAUUGGAUAAUAUUUUUAAAAAUGUUAAUAUGAUUUAUUUAUCCUUUGCAAAUGGCUUUCCUUUGACUGAUAGAGAUAAGAAUUCUGUUUCAAUGAUUGUAUCAAGAAUCGUUUAUGCUGCUUUUGAAAACCCUUCAACAGAAUUAGUUCAAAAUACUCCACCAAGUGAAAAUGAUCUCUUUUUCUAUGAAGUUAUGCGAAUAAUAUCAAAAAAUCUACACGAAAAAUAUGGAGAAACUGUUAUUCCAUUAGUAUUGGCAACAAGAUUCAGUCCAUAUUUACACACUUGUAUUCAACAUAAAUUAGGGUGGUAUAUGAGAUUCAUUUAG